CGAUUAGACUUUCCCCUGUUUAAAGACUGAGCCCUGUGCAUGAUUCGCUCUCCAAAAAAAAAAGAAAAAAAGAACAGAAGCAACCUCUGUUUUUCUUUACCACCCAGAAUCAUCAAGAAGAAGACAAGAACUGCUAGUCAAUCCCGUAGCCCAAAACCGAAAAUCGUUCCAAUUCCCAGAAAUAAAAGCGAAAAAUGGAAAACAUUCGUCGCUCUCUCUCUCUCUCUCUCAAAUGAAGCUAUGAAUGAUGGCGUCCUCUGUUUUCCAAGAUAAAUAUCAGGGCAGCAAGAAGGACAGACUCUGCUCCUUCAACUUAGCUGCCCUGCCUCCCUUCCUCUUCUUCUCCCUUCUCCUCGCCACCAUCCUCACCCUCUUCAUCCUCUACUCCCCCUCCAUCCCUCCUCUCGGCCUCACUCCGAAUCCUCACCCCCAUCGUCUUCAUAAGGAUGAAGCAGACGACUGUGACCUGUUCGUCGGCCGGUGGGUCCCGGACCUCCGGGGCCCAUCCUACACGAACUCGAGCUGCCGGACGAUCCCGGAGUCGAAGAACUGCUUCCUGCAGGGGAGGCCGGACAGGGAUUUCCUCAGCUGGAGGUGGAAGCCCGAGAGAUGCGAGCUCCCUAGGUUCGAUCCUAAGGUUUUCCUGGAAACCGUGAGGGGGAAGACAAUGGCGUUCAUCGGUGACUCCGUCGCCAGGAACCAGAUGGAGUCCCUCCUCUGCCUCUUGUCUCAGGAAGAGACUCCAGUUGACGUUUACAAGGACUCGGAAGAUCGGUUCCGGACAUGGCGGUUUGCCGAUCAUGAUUUCACCCUCAAGAUUCUGUGGUCGAAGUUCCUGGUGAUGGGAUGGGAAACAGCAAUCAAUGGCACUUUUUCGGGCAGUUUCGAGCUUCACAUAGACAGGGUCGACGAGACGUGGGCCUCCGAACUGCCGGGAAUCGACUAUGCCAUCAUCUCAACUGCCCAUUGGUUCUUCCGGAAGAUAUAUGUCUAUGAUGGAUCCAACCUAACAGGCUGUGUAUACUGCAGUGAACCGAACGUGACCUCAUUUGGCCCGGAGCAUGCUCUUCGUUUGGCCCUGAGAUCUUCAUUGAAUCACAUCGCCUGUUGCGAGAGUUGCAAGGUAGGUUUAGUGACCCUGCUCAGGACAUUCUCGCCCGCACAUUUCGAGAAUGGGACGUGGAACACGGGGGGUAUGUGCAGUAGGACGGGGCCGUACGCUGAGGGUGAGAUAGGUCUGCAGGAAAGCAACGAGUGGCACUUUAGGAACAUACAGGUUGAAGAGCUUGUGCGGGUGGCAUUGGCUGGGGACCGGCGCCGGCAGAGGUUCGGGGUCUUGGACGUUACGAGGGCAAUGCUGAUGAGACCGGACGGGCACCCCGGCAAGUUCUGGGGUAACAAGUGGAUGAGGGGCUACAAUGACUGCGUCCACUGGUGCCUGCCCGGUCCCAUAGACGUGUGGAAUGAAUUUUUGAUGUCAUACUUGAGAAAAUUAAGGCGAUCAUCGCGGUAGAUAAUUUCAUAGUCUGAUUAAUUAUUUAUAGAUUAAUAAUGUCAUAUUCUUUUUGUUUUUCUUUCACAAUAUAUAUAGAGAGAAAAUAAUUCUUCCCA